AUGAAUUUUACUAGGAUUAACCAAACUGAUGACUGUCUCUCAUACACCUGUCCAGAGAGAUCCGUAUCUACUGCAGCAUAUGUAUUAUUAUAUUUAUCUGCAGCUGCUGUAGUUCUGCUAACAGUGUGUGGAAAUCUGCUCAUCAUCAUCUCUGUUUGUCACUUCAAGCAGCUCCACACACCGACUAACAUGCUCAUCCUCUCUCUGGCUGUGUCAUACUUUCUGGUUGGAGCUUCAGUGUUGCCAGUAGCAUUAAUCUGGUUCAUUGAAUCAUGCUGGAUUUUUAGGAGGGUUUUCUGCUUAUGUUUUCAGUUGAGUUCUUAUUUUCUUACAAGCUCAUCUAUAUACAACAUUGCUCUAAUCGCAGUUGAUCGGUAUUUUGCUCUCUCUAAUCCAUUUCUCUACACUAAAACAGUGUCUGUGAAAACAAUGUGCAUUGUGGUUUUAUGUGACUGGUUUGUAUUGCUGUCUUACAAUUUAGCACUCCUGUACUUUAAUUUACCCUUCAUAAAUUUAAUAAUGUGCCCCGGAGACUGUUUUCUAUUGUUAGAUGAGGUCUGGUCUCUGGUUGAUCUUUUGUUUACAUUUGUUUUACCAUUUGCGGUUAUAAUCAUAACACAUGCUUUAAUUUUUAUUAUUGCCAAAAAACAUGUCACUGCUAUCAGAGACCUUAUUGCUCAAACUAGGACUAAGACAUCAAAGAACAUAACAGAAGCAAAAUCAGAGAGAAAAGCAGCAAAGGUUGUUACUAUUUUAGUUUCUGUCUUUCUAGCAUGUUUACUUCCCUAUUUUGUUUACACAGUAUUAGGCAAUGUUGUUGAAAUAGAACUUGAGUCAAUUCAGCCUAUUUUGAUCCUGCUUUAUCUUAAUUCUGCCAUUAAUCCAGUUAUUUAUGCAUUGUUUUAUCCGUGGUUUAGGAGAUGUGUUAAACUAAUAUUUACUCUUCAAAUAUUUAGAACAGACUCUGCACUGAUAAAUGUUCUUUGA